UACACGACAGCCCGGCGAAUGGGAGCACGACUAUCCUGCCUAGUGUGACCGACACGUUGCAAUGCACGAGAUCAAGCAUCACCCUCGAGCCCGUCGAAGCUGAUGCUGUCUCGCCGCCGGCGUGUUGCCUGGCCCUGUGGCUGUUGUCUCUACGAGCGUGAUCCCCCGAUGGGCGGCUGUUCAGGGUGGUCAUUGGCCCAAACCGAUCAUGCCUAUAUCAAACGUCCCGUGAGCGCCACCUCGCCGAUAUUGGGGUCUCUUAUGCUUGGCCCUAAUGAGCGCCACGGUGGAGCUUGCCACGCAUAGGCUGAAAGCAAAGAGGCAAGUCAGAGAGACUCCAGACCACAAAAGCGCGAGCAGCACCCCCUACUUUCUCUUCUUUCGCUGUCACUUUCUUCUGACUCCGCCCGCCACGCCUACGAUGCUCCUCGCCCUUCACAUUCUCCUUCUGAUGCUCAUGCGUCUCGCACUGGCAGACCCUCCCCUUGUAGCCUGCUCAUGGAAGCCCUUCACGGACAGCCCCGAAAAUCACGGUUAUCGUUGGUUCUGCAACGCGCAGAAAAAGCAGCUCGACGGCAUACGUGGAGAGUACAGGUGCGACGACAAACAUUGGGCGACCGUGGCCGACAUCGGAUACGUCGAGCCUUAUUUGGUGCUGUUGCGUUUUCUGGCUGCCUGUCCUGAUGAAACCAAGCGAGAGAAUGGCACAGCUACAGGGUAUGGUUGGACUGACUGGUCUACGUGCUUGUCAAGGUCUUGGGGAGUCUGUCUGGGCAACAACGGACCUCACGACAGUCCCAUCCAAUGCUUCUUUGUCGACAGAAAGGAUGAUUGUGUGUGGCCCGACAACUUCGGCGCCGUCGAGAAGGCCCCGUCUCAAGUCCAAAUCUGGAAAGAAGGGUGACCGGAGGAUGAAGGCAACCGACAGCGCGGCAGUCAUGUCCCGACCAACACUCUUCGAGAAGAGCUCUUCACCUUUGAGAAGCCAAUGAUAUACGAUUGCACCUUACAGCGCUGCGUCUACUCUUGUGCCGUACGGCCCAUUGCCGACCGUUCUUGCCAAAACAGCCGCUGCGGUAGUUUUGUCCGUGGCAAGAAAUCCCGAGCGAGUAC